UAUAAAUACUGCUCUGUAAAACAAUAAAAAUCAGUUCGAUCAUUAAAUUCACUCGUGGUUGUUACUGAAGGUAUAGAGUAUAUUAAGAAAUAGAUAUGGCGAGUAACUCGAACACAACAGACAUCGAUAGAAGCUUGCAAUUGAAUAUUGUAAUUUCUGUGCAGCUUCAAUUGUAUUUAUUGGCUUUGUUAAUAAGGAAAAAGCAAAUUUUACUCAGAUUAAACAAACCACGAAAGAGAAGGUUUUGGAUAAGAGAAAUGUUGAAGAAACGCCAGCAGGAAAGUCAAUUUCAUAUUUUGGUUGAAGAGUUAAAAUUGCACGAUCGAGAGUAUUUUUUCAAGUUUUUAAGAAUGAGUCCAGAGAGGCUAGAGCAUCUAUUAAAUCUUGUUGCCCCCUACAUUACAAAAAAGAAAUGCAACAGCAGAAUACCAGUUUCUGCAGGAGAAAGACUUGUCGUUACUUUGCGAUAUUUAGCUACGGGGGAUUCCCAACAAUCCCAAGCCUUUAAUUUCAGAUUGGGAAAAAGCACAGUUUGUAAUAUCAUAAAAGAAACAUGUAGUGGAAUAUGGAAUUCUUUAUGUACCACAUACCUGAAGGCUCCAAAGUCUGAGCAUGAAUGGAAAGAGAUCGCAAAUGAAAUGUUUACUCAGUGGAAUUUUCCAAACUGCAUAGGUGCAUUGGAUGGAAAACACAUUGCAAUUGAAUGCCCUGCCAAUAGUGGAUCUAAUUUUUUUAAUUACAAAAAGUUUUAUAGUAUCGUAUUGAUGGCCAUGUGUGAUGCUAGGUACUGUUUUACAUUGGUGGAUAUUGGAAAUAAUGGAAGAGACAAUGAUGCACAAAUUUUCAAUAAUUCAGCAAUGGGCAAAACUUUGUCAAAUAAUGAAUUAAAUGUUCCAUCCUGCAGUUCCAUUGUUGGCCAUACACUGCCUUAUGUUGUUGUAGCCGAUGAAAUCUUUGCACUCAAACCAUGGUUAAUGAAGCCAUAUGGUGGUAAAGGAUUACCACAAGAUAAAGAAAUAUUUAAUUACAGACUUAGUCGUUGCAGACGAACAAUAGAAAACAGUUUUGGCAUCCUUUCAGCAAGGUGGAGGAUUUUUCGCCGCCCAAUCAAAGCCAAGCCUGAAACAGUUGACUUGAUUAUAAAAGCAUGCUUAUGCCUGCAUAAUUAUUUACAGCUAACAUACAAUGCCCAUUACAUCCCAGCUGGUUUUGUAGAUGCUGAAGAUACUACAGGUAAUAUCGUACCUGGUAACUGGAGAAGCAUUACAUCAGGUGAUAAUGGUGCAAUGGAAGCAUUCUCAGUUGGAAGGGCAAAUAAUAGAUCUUCCUUUGAAGCUAUUGAAGUUAGAGAAAAAUUCAAGAAAUAUUUCACAAGCAAAGAGGGAUCCUUGUCUUGGCAAGUCACUUAUGUUAAUAGUUUUUAAAGUUAACUGACAUAUUGUUUGGAGUAUAGUCUAACCAUAAUCUGCACCACUAAUUUCAGGUUUCAUAUAAAUAAAAUUAUUAAGUUGUUAA